AUGUCUACAGCCCAGUCCUAUCAGCCCUUGCAGGUCAAGGACGAUGAUGAGACUGACUCGGAGCGAUCUCGGUCUCCCUACCGCGACGAUGCAGACGACAUUCCCAUGACCAGCUCAACUGAGCCGACUCAGCCUCCACCUCCAUAUUCGGUGGCCUCCAGAUAUCAUAACCGGGGCAUCUGCAAUUGCAGGCGCCUGUCCAAGACAUGUAUUGCUAUAUGUGUCCUUGUCAUCGCAGUCGUCUGCUCUUCGAUAGGCGGCACUGGCUACUGGGCGUAUAGGUUGCAACUCAUCGAUGGCCAGUCUCCACCCUGGUACCCUUCCCCGCGAGGCGGCACAGUCGACUCAUGGCAAGAAAGCUACAAGAAGGCGAAAGAGAUGGUUGAUCGGAUGAGCUUGGCUGAGAAGGUCAAUAUCACAAGCGGAGUUGGAUGGGCCAUGGGACUCUGCGUCGGCAACACUGCGCCCGCGGUUGACGUUGGAUUUCCGGCCCUCUGCUUACAAGAUGGACCACUAGGCAUUCGCUUUGCUGACCACGCAACCUCUUUCCCUGCAGGUAUUACUGUCGGUGCCACAUGGAACCGAGAUCUCAUGCGCCGCCGUGGUGAGGCUCAUGCGCGACAAGCCAAGGUCAAGGGCAUUCACGUCCUCCUUGGUCCUGCAAUGGGCCCGCUUGGUCGACACCCAGCUGGAGGGCGCAAUUGGGAGGGUUUCGGUGCGGAUCCAGUGCUUCAAGGUGUUGCCGCGUACGAGACCAUCACAGGCAUCCAGUCGCAGGGUGUCAUGGCGACAGCCAAACAUUUCGUGGGGAACGAGCAGGAGCAUUACCGCAAGUCAUUCGAGUGGGGCCUCCCGGAGGCGCUAUCGUCCAACAUUGACGAUCGAACAAUGCACGAAAUCUAUGCCUGGCCCUUUGCUGAGUCUGUCAGGGCUGGUGUCGCAAGUGUCAUGUGCUCGUACCAGAUGGUGAACAACUCGUACGCCUGCCAGAACAGCAAGUUGAUGAAUGGACUCCUGAAAGAUGAACUAGGCUUCCAAGGAUUUGUACAGUCCGACUGGCUUGCGCACCGGAGCGGCGUCGCAAGCGCUCUUGCUGGACUUGACAUGACCAUGCCAGGCGAUGGCAUUCACUGGCAAGAUGGCAAGUCUCUCUUCGGUGAGCAGUUGACCAUGGCUGUCCUCAACGAAUCGAUGCCUCUGUUUCGAAUCAAUGACAUGGCUGCUCGCAUCGUAGCAUCCUGGUAUCAACUUGGACAAGACAAGUGGGACUCGGAUGGGCCAAAUUUCUCGUCCUGGACUGAUAAAGAGUCGGACAAGCCGCAUUUCGGAAGCUCAUCGCCACAGCAAGAGGCUAUCGUUAACAAGUUCGUCGAGGCAGAAAAUGAAGCGAGUCGAAGCGUUGCCCGUGAAGUCGCCGCUGAGGCCAUUACCCUUCUCAAGAACGAUGAGAACAUUCUGCCACUCGAUCCGCAGCUCACUCCAUUCAAGGCUGAUGGUAGAACAAGGGUGGCCGUUGUUGGUGAUGAUGCCGGCCCGGGCAAAGGCCCGAAUUUUUGCGACGAUCGUGCGUGCAAUCAAGGAACCCUCGCUGUCGGCUGGGGCUCUGGCGCAACAGAAUUCACCUAUCUCGUUGACCCUCUCUCUGCGAUCAACAAAACAUUCAAUCCGGAUGAUAUCGAACUUACAGCUCUUCUUACAGACAAACUAAGCAGCAAGCAACAGAAGGACCUGGAAACGCACAAUCUUUGCCUCGUUUUUGCCAACGCUGAUGCUGGGGAAGGUCACCAGAGAUGGAACAAUGUCAACGCGGAUCGCAAUGAUUUGCAGCUGCAAAAGGGUGGUGAGAAGCUUAUCGAGGCUGUUGCAACCUAUUGCGGUGGACCAACCGUUGUUGUGAUCCACUCAGUAGGCGCUGUCCUCUUGAACAGCACGGCAAGCUUACCCGGUGUCAAGGCCAUCCUGUAUGCGCAUCUGCCAGGCCAGGAAAGUGGAAAUGCUUUGGUUGAUGUUCUGUUUGGCAAAGUCGACGCUUCGGGACGUCUCCCAUACACCAUCGGCAAUCGUUUGGCAGAUUAUGGGCGGGGAGCUCCUGUGAUGUACUAUCCAAACCACUUGAUUCCUCAAGCCGACUUCAAGGAGGGUCUAUAUAUCGACUACCGCCAUUUCGACAAGGAAGCCAUCGAGCCUCAGUAUCCGUUCGGUUUCGGGCUUUCCUACACCAGCUUUGCAUACAGUAAUAUCCAGGUGACGGGGCUCAAGGAUAGAUCCCGUUUGCCCAACCCGAGAUUCAGCACCAUUGAGCCGCCAAAGCUGGACGAGGAACUGCCAGAGCCAUCUUCACUGCUAUUUCCAUCCAAUAUCAGACGCUUCAAAAAGUAUGUCUAUCCGUACAUCAGCAACGUUGAGCAGGUCAAGAAGGGGAAAUAUCCAUACCCCGAAGGAUACAGUGAAGUCCAGAUUCCGGGCCAGGCAGGAGGUGGUGAAGGCGGCAACCCGUCCCUAUUUGAAGAGCACGUUCAGAUUGAUGUUCAGGUCAAGAACGUUGGCGGUCGAAAAGGCAAAGAAGUCGUACAGGUUUACGUAUCUCUGCCUGAAAACAUCAGAAACGCGGACGGCGUUUCCAUUGAUGUUCCUCUCUGGAACUUACGCAACUUCACGAAGAUCGAGCUGGAUAAAGGCCAGGAAGAGAUUGUCACUAUGACGUUAUCGAGGAAGGAUCUGAGCUAUUGGGAUGUCGUCGAGCAGAAUUGGGUAAUGCCCGAAGGCGAAUUUCGUAUCGGCGUUGGAAGCAGCUCGCGUGACUUGCGCUUACUGGCGACUUACUGA